AUGGUCUUAAUGGGUCAUCGUGGAGAGGACCUCCAAAAUUUGGUCGCUGUAGAGCCUUCCUUCUGGAGCGCUGGUGCUGGUUUGGUAGCCUACUUCAACUUCACUAACCUCCAAAGUGACUCUCACGUGGGAGGCGCUGCUUUCCGGGCUGUGAUUGCCCAGAUGCUUCAAGCCCGGCGAUCCGACCCUGACUUCAUCGAUAUAGCAUCGCUUCUACAUGACAAUGGGAAAGGCCAGAACAAAGCCCUUGAACAAGACAUUCUAGACAUUAUUCGCCUCUUCCUAAAAUGUCAGGGACCCUCAUUCGGUGUUUUCGAUAGACUCGACGAGUGUUCGGAUGUUGAAGAUCUUUUUCUAAAGUUCAAUGAUGUCCCCCUCAAAUCGUCGUGUAAGAUUCUUAUCCUCACAAGGCCGAUUAUGGAUAUUUCCGGGUUUAUCGACCAUCAAAGAUUUCACCGUGUUACCCUGCAGAACCAGAAGAAUUCUGGAGACAUUGAGAUCUACCUCCGAAUGCGAUGCGGAUGGGUAAGCUGA